AUGGCUCUUUGCACCGCAAAGCUCAUCAUCUCCUCUCUCCUUUUCACUUCCACCAUUUUAUUUACCGCAAAUUCUCACACUUUCUCAAGAAGCUUGCUUCCGGAAGAGCUUGGCCUCAAGAAGCAGAAGCUGAGCCACCUCCACUUCUACUUCCACGACAUAGUGAGCGGCCGCAACCCAACUGCAGUGCGCGUGGCCGAGGCCAAGAUGACCAACACGUCCACCACAGCGUUUGGCGCCGUCGUCAUGAUCGACGACCCAUUGACCGAGGGCCCAGAAUUGAGCUCCAAGAUCGUCGGCCGGGCUCAGGGACUCUAUGCGUACGCAUCGCUGAGCGAGAUCGGCCUGCUGAUGGUGCAGAACUACUUCUUCACUGAAGGGAAGUACAACGGGAGCACGCUUAGCGUACUCGGCCGGAACGCUGUGUUCUCCGGCGUGAGGGAGAUGCCAAUCGUCGGCGGGAGCAGGCUCUUCCGGUUCGCGCGCGGGUACGCUCAGGCGAAGACACACUCGCUCGAUCUCCAGACAGGCGAUGCGGUUGUGGAGUACAACGUUUACGUCUUCCAUUAUUGA